AUGUUCUUUUCCCCUCCUUCUCCUCGGUCAACUGUCUUGCCUCUCUUCUGUUGCUGCGCCUCUCUCUGUCCCCUUACUCGGCAGCUGCCGCCUUCCUGUGCGACGGAGGGCACGCUGCGUGUCGCCUUUCUCGCCAAGAACCGACUGCAAGGCAGCGCCUUGUGCUCCACUUUGAAAUCGCCUCAGCUGCGCCUGCAGGGUCGGAGAGAGAAGCAGGCCUUAGCUGACUUUCUUCAAGUUUUUUUGCGACUAUGUAGCGCAGGAUCUGCCACGCCCUCCUUGGUGGAUCUCGCCGCGGAAGUGACUCUUCCAUCGAGAGUCGCUGACCCUUUCUUCGUGCAAGAUGGCACCGCGCUCUUCUCUCUCAUCGGUAUCCUCCUUUACCGCCUGGUCUUCUACGCGCUCUUCUGCGUCUCCUUCCUCUGCAGGGCGACCGUCGUCGCGACCGCGCUCGGCUCCACAGCCGUCGCAGUCUCCGCUCGCCCGCCUCGCGCUUGCCUCGUCUCCGUCCUCGCCCCGCGAGGCCUCUCCUCCUCCGUCUCGCUCGUUUCGGUCUCUUUUCUGCCGCUCUCUUUGGGGGCCUGGGUCGCGCUCCAACGCGCAGGCCGCCAGACUUCCCCAGCGUCACUUCUUACCCGCGCCGCCGCCGUCUCCUCUCUCUCUCUCUCAGGUUUUUUCAAAACAGAAUUCCGCGUCUUGCCUCUCUCUCCCCUUUCUCCGUCCUCUUCUCUGGCGGCUGCUCUCCCUCCUCCAGCGGGGAGUGGCCUGGCGCGCAGGUUCGCCGGCGCGGUCUGUGGCUCAAGACGUGACGGCGCUGCGGAAGAGAACCGAGGAAAAAACGCCGCAUCCGCGACGCGCGACGGCGACAACCCGCCUCGCCCCGCCUCCGCAUCAGGUCUGCGUUCGCUGCUUCUCCCCUCGUGUUGGAAGCUGCGAAACGCGCAGCCGAAACAGCGGCCGGCGUCGCCCUCGGUGUCGCUGCAUCUGGCUUCUUCGCGACCUGCCAGCAGCGACGCUGAGGACUGCGCGCCUCGCGGCCGUGCAGUGUGCAGCCUGUUUGCUUCUGUUCUACGACGCCGAUGCCUUCUUUUCUUCGCCCUGGCCUGCCUCGGACCUCUGUCUCUCCUCCUGCUGCCGCGCGCCCGCCUGAGCCGCCCCGCGGCGCCGCUGCUCGGGAGCCUCCAGGCCGCGUGGCACCGCGGCAUGGGCGCGGCACAGGAGACACUGUGGGGCGGAGACAGGAGACACUGGGCGGCGGUGUGGGGUCGGGACGCGCGACAGGCGACCGCAGGAGGAGAAGGAGGCAGGGAGCGACGAGAGGAGGCGAGGGAGCGGGCGAGAGCAAGCGCGGCGGAGAAAGAGGAAGCUGCUGCAGAAGGGGGACUGGCAACGCGGAGGGAGAAGGAGAUGAAGCACGGCGACAUAGCCGAAGGCAACGACGGAAACCGAAGGCGACUCGAUGACGCAGGACGAGUACAGGCACCACAGAGCCGCAGCCUUGAGAGAGAAGCAAGGGGCGGCCAAACACAUGAACGCGAGGCGUCACUGCAGCAAGAGAUGCAGAAUGAACGAGCCUUGCCGCAAACGUCUCUCCGGCGCUUAGAACCGACAUCGCAUGAUCCACACACGGGGCGAACAGCGACCGCGGAGGGAGGCGCAGACGCGGCGUCGCCAAACGAGGAGAAAAGAUUCGAACCGAGACAAAAAACACGAGAGAGAGAAGGAAAAUCUGACCAAGGAGCAGGGAGGCAGGAUGUGGAGACUGAGGAAGACCGCGUGAGCGGCGCACAGACAUGGCAUCUCAAGCAGCUCCGUCUCCGAACUGCGUACCUUUCCACGCUUGCUCUUCGCCGCGCUCACGAGGCGCCCGCCUCGGAUUCUGCAGCCUCCUCUCCAGCCUCCUCUCCGCCAGCGUCUCCUCCUUCGACGUCUCCUUCGCUUCCUGCUGCGUCUUCGUCGCAUUCUCCGUCGUCUUCUUCGCUUUCCGCUACCGCGGAGCCGCCGCUCCUCGUGUUGCCCUUUGCCUUGAGGCGCGGAGGCCAUCGCAUCUCUGCAGCUGUUUGCAGCUCUCCGUCGCCGUGGCUCGUUGCGCAGAGCUUGCCGCAGCGCCCGCUGGGGUGUCUGGUUUUCUUGGAGACGCCCGCGGGCUCCAAAGCUGUCGCGCCGCGCGCCUCGCUCGCCUCGCUUCCUUCCUCGCUGCCGGCUGAGUCUCCUCCUCUGGCUGACCCUCUGUCGGACUCCUGGCCUCUGUCGAGUGCGGCGGAGCGGGCGCCGUGGGUGUCGUUCCGCGCUCUCGCUCGCCAGUUCCGCAGAGAAGGCGAAGACGGGGUCAGACGGCUGUGGUUUCACAAAUACGCUGUUGACUUCGAGGAGUUCUACGCGAAUGCGCCGCUCUCGGUUCUGUUCCUGCGGUUCCUGCUAGAUCAUCCGCGGAGCUUGUCUGCUGCGCUGGUCGCGGGCUCUGCGUCCGCGCUGGUCGCGUCGCGGCGGGCGCUCUCUCGUGCGCUUCUGCAUUUUCUCCUCUCCUCUUCGCUUUGGCACAGCUACUCGGUCUGGGCGCCGCUCCUUCACCAGCAGGCGCCGCUGCCGAUGCUGCUGCUUCUCGGCAGAUUCCUCUACACAGCGAGCAAAGCCGCGGGUCGCAGCCUCGAGGCCUUCCUCUGGGAGAGGCUCGCCGACCUCGAGGCCGCGCUUCUCGAGCGCUGCGCCACCGUCAACCUCUGCGCGACCGCCGCAGAGGGCUGCGACGCGCGGCAGACAGAAACGGAGACGCAGGGCAACGCGCCUCCUCACCCGGGGAGACAGCCCUGA